GCCCGCAACCCAGGUACACGCCCUUGACCGGAAUCGAACCUGGGACCUUUCAGUCUGCAGGCCGACGCUCUAUCCACUGAGCCAAACCAGUUUCGGCGAAAAACAAAUUUUAGAUACAAUUGUUUUUCCUUGCUGGGAUGGUCUGUCCAAGGGCAGAGGUCCCGUCUGGGUGUGGUGGGAGAACGGAGUGUGAAUUAGGGCCACCAUCUAUCUCCUAGUGUCCAGUCUUCCUGUACAGUCAGCCUUACCCCAUGUUCCUUCUACAUCGCUAAACAACUCUAUUCCCCCUACAGUGGCUACUUUAAAUCUUUGCUAGUUUCUUAGCUCAUUCUCACUUCACAUACUGAGACUAUCAGGGAAAAAGUCCCUCAACUUGCUGCCUUCUCUCUGCUAUGAUAGCUGGAGCUUUAUCUUGGACAAAUAAGAAAGGGCAGAUGCCUGGCCAUUGUGGCUCAGUGGUUGAGCAUUGACCUAUGACCUGGGGGUCAUGGUUCAAUUCCCAGUCAAGCGCACAUGCCUUGUUGCAGGCUUGAUCCCUAGUAGGCGGUAUGCAGGAGGCAGCCAGCAGAUCAAUGAUUCUCUCAUCUUUAAUGUUUCUAUCUCUCCCUCUCCCUUCCUCUCUGAAAUAAAACAAUAAUUUUUUUUAAAAAAAAGGCAGACUAGGAGAUUGGAAAGGAGCCUGGGUCUUUGAGGACUCCUUGGAAAAGAGUGGCCUCCACUAUUUUAUAUCAGAAAGAAACUAUCCUUUAUCCACGGGUUAUCUUUGCACCUUUGCUGAAAAUCAAUUGUCCUUCUAUGCGUGGGUCUAUUUUUGGACUUUGCUCCAUUGAUUUAUUUAUCUUAUCUUGAUGCCAAUUCUUGUCUUUAAUCUUGCCUCAAUUACUGUAGCUUUAGAAGUCUUCACGCCUGGGAAGGUCAGUCCAGCCCUCUUUACCCCAUCUUGGUUGGAAGCAGAGAUCAGACUGAUGCGCUUAAUCCCAGCUCCACCAUUUAGUACUUGUGUGAUUUCAUAUAAGUCAGUUAAUAAUGCUUAUUAGUCAUGCAUGCACUUGUCUAUUGUUAGAAUUAAAUAUUAUAGUGCUUGGAUUAAACGUUAAUUAUUAUUAAGACCGAACUAGGGCCCUAUUAUGGUGUGGCUCAGUGGGUUGGGUGUCGUCCUGUUCACUGAAAGGUUAGCAGUUUGGUUCAGUCGUACAAGCCCGGGUUACGGACUCAAUCCCCUGUAGGGGACACGCAGGAGGCAGCCCAUCAAUGUUCCGUUCUCACAUCGAUGUUCCUCUUUCCCCUUCUCUCUUCCUCUCUCUUUCAAAACAAAAAUCAAUAAAAAUAUAUUUUUUUAAAAAGAGCCUGAACUACGUACGGAAGAUGGCUCUGGGAAUAAACGGUAUUGGAACUGCGGGGUGGAACUGGGGAUGGGUAAACUUGCUUCGCUCAUAAAGGACCUCCCGCCGUCUUUCCCAGCUCAGGGACAUGCUCCCGCCUUUUCAUCUUUGUUUAUUUUUUGAGAUAUAAGUGACAUGCAACACGGCGUAAGUCUGAGGUGCACACCGUGUUGGUUUGACACAUUUACAUAUUACAAUGUGAUGACUACAGUAGCAUUAGCUAAACACCUCCACAUCACCGCAUUUCCAUUUCUGUGUGGAGACUGGUUAAGAUCUGGCCUCUUCCCUUUGAGGUGUGUAAAGCAGUAUCAUGGAUGAACUCACUGCGUUGGAUCUCAGGACUUAGUCAUCUGCCCCUUGUAAGUUCGUACCCCUCAGCAAUACCUCCCUGUGCCCCGGCCCAGCCCCCUGCCCUGUCGUCUUCCAUAGUGAAGUUUGGCAGCAAAUUGCCCUGGACAGCAGGCUGAUCCCUUCCUACAGGGACAAGAACAAUAACCCAGGUGAAAAGGGAUAAAUAAAACCAGCCAGGAGCCCCACAUUGAAAAGGAUCAUCCCGCUAUCUCAACAAUUUUCUGCGCAGCUUUGUAACAUUUUUAUGUAGAAACAAAUGUUUUUUUAAAAAGAAAAGGAGAGCAUUCUCCGUGUUCCCUUCAAACCCAGGUCACAGCAGCUUUUCGGCUGGCUUGGCCUGGCUUUCUUCAACUCUCUCUUUUUUUCAGGCUUUGCAGUACCUGUCCCUGCCGGUCUCCAGGCCCCCAGUUACAGGUCAGCUCCACACCGAAGGGGAGGAGCUACUGGCCAGGUUCUGUUCCCAGCAUCAGGGCCCCACAUCCCAGGGACCUACAGUGCCUCCUGGGGACCAAAGAGGACCCCAUCUCUCCGUCGUGUGCCCUGUGAGUGCCGUGUCCAACACCAUGGAUGGCGGGCCCAAGAAAGGUUUGGCUUUGAUUGGAUUCAGUCUUCUCUGCCUUAAAAUGGUUGCUUCAGCAAAAACAGCUCCUGAAAUACCCACUAUUGACCAGGCAUACUCAAAAAUCAGCAACAGUAUCACCGUGGAAUGGGCUACCGUGCCAGGCGCCACCAGUUACCUCCUCACGGCCAAAGAUGGGGACACCGUCAUUGAAACCACAGUGGCCAAUUCCCCGGGCACUGUGUCGGGCCUGAAGGCUGCCACCUUGUACCAAAUCACCGUCAGCUCCAUCAGUGCUGCUGGGCGGAGCCAGGCGUCACCUCCCACGCAGGCAAAGACAGGUAGCUGGACGCCCAGCCUCCUCCGAGCCACCGCUGGUGACCUGGACAGUUACACUGACGCUGCAAUGGCACCAUGCGGUUCUGUGUUGCUGCUGGCCGCACCGGUUCUAGAAGUGAGCUCUCCAAGUUCAGACUCUAUCCUCGUGCAGUGGGAAGCCGUAUAUAUGGCCACCGGGUUCUCUGUGUCCAUCAUGCAAGCCAAUGGUUUGGGUAGAAUAUGGAAGGAGAAUACCACAAACACCACCUUGACAUUCACCAGUUUAGACGCUGGGACGCUGUACACCAUCAAGGCCUAUGCGUGGAAUGCCAACGGGACCCCUGGGGAUGACUCCACCUGCAACCAGAGAACGAGUCCCCGGGCUCCCGCCGACAUUCAAGUCUCUUUUGACAGCGGGGCUCUGGCCGCGUCGGUUUCCUGGGCCCCCACGGAAGGAGCCUCCAACUACACUGCGCUGGCUCGGAGCGACUCCUCCCAGCUGAGCUGCAGCACGGCCUCCAGCGGCUGCACCAUCUCCUCCCUCCGCUGCGGGACCGAGUACCUGAUCUCCGUGUCGGCCAGCAACGAUGCCGGGUCCAGCAGGUUGGCUUCGGCGGGGACCCUGAAAACCAUUGCUUGUGCACCUGGAAGAGUGACGAUCCAAGAAGACCCCCCUGGCCACCUGUCUGUGUCUUGGUCCAACGUGGACCUGGGUGAUUACUACGUGGCCUUUGUGAAGAGUGAUGACGGCUUGGAAGUUCACUGCAACACAUCCCUCCCCCAGUGCGACUUCCCCUCUGAAUGUGGCUUCACUUACUUCAUUAGCGUCUUUGCCUAUAACAAGGCGGGGCAGAGCCCUUUGGGCGAUGUGUUCAAUUACACCACAGCUCCCUGUUGUCCUAGCGACAUUAACCCCGUGUUGGUGUCCAGCGACCGAGUGGAGAUGGUCUGGUCGCCCGUCCGGGGUGCCGAACUUUAUGAAACCAGGGCUGCUGAUGGGUUCAACGUGGUGGAGUGCAACGACACGGCCCCCGCGUGUACCCUCUCUGCCCUGGAGUGCGACACCAAGUACAACAUCACAGUGUAUUCCUUCAGCGAAGCCCGGGGCAGCAAUACCUCCUGUAAUUCCCGAUUUAUCACCACGGCUCCUUGCAGUCCCGAAAUACAAAGCAUUUCGAAGGAUGCCUUCUCCGCGAUCCAAGUGUACUGGAGAUCCCGGAACCAGGGCGCCACCUACACCGUGACGGCGCGGGGAGAAGAGGGGCUGUAUCGGUGCAGCAGCUCGGGCCAGGCCUGUGCCCUGGGCGGCCUGCCCUGCGGCUCCCUGUUCUCCGUCACCGCAGUGGCCGAGACGCAGGCGGGACGGAGCCUGCCCAGCUACAGUGUCCCCCUGGAGACAGUGCCCUGCUGUCCAGCCGGCCUGAUGGUGACUCAGGUCACCCAAUCAGUGGUCAACGUGAGCUGGACUGUUGGAACUGGGGCCCUCACCUACGUGACUGUCCUGGCGUCCCACACUGGACAGUCUCAGUGUCACACCCAUCAAAACCACUGCCUCCUGGGAUGCGUCACAUGUGGCGUCAAUUACACGGUGGCCUUAAAAGCAAUCAGCGCCACCGGGCUGACUGCAGACUGCGCCUACCAACGCUACGCCUCUAGUGCCUGCUGCCCGCUGGGCGUGAAGCUGUACAGGCUGGGCCCUCACGGCAUCCGGGUGGACUGGCGAGCCGCCAGGGGCUCCGCCACCUACAGCGCCGACCUCUAUGGCUCCAAAGGCAUUUUCACCUGCUCCCCAAGCGCCGGCCUCAGUUUCUGUGACGUCACGGAGAUUCCCUGCGGGGACGUGUACACCGUGAUGGUCUCACCGGUGGCUGAGACAGGACUGAAGCUCACCUUCUGUCCAAAAAAAAUAUACUCAGUCACCUGCUCUGGAAGUACACUUGGAAUGGGUAAGUCAUUUUUCUCGUGGAUGAAAUGGAAGGGGACUUCCUUGUUGCAUUUUAGGGCGACAAUGAAGUCAGGAUCAAAGCUGACUCUUCAAUUAAUCAGGAAGACAAAUGCUAGGGUGCCUGCUUCCGGUUUGUGUGGAUGGAUAUGCCCGGGGAGGGAAAGGGGUGCUGAGAGGGAGACUGGGGUAAGAUAACGCUCACUGCCUCCUUGGAUGUGCUCUGGGCUGACCCCGUCGAGGCUAUUCUGGGCCCCCCAUGGAGGCCACCAUUGGGCCAAGCCACGGAGAUGACCACACCGCGCCGUGUGUGCCAACCCAGUCAGUGGCAUGUGCUGCUUCAGGAGAAAUGCUUGCCAUGUUCUUUUAGGGGCGGCUUGGUUUGGGGCCUUGGGACCCCUGUCCCCAAGGAGUAAUAUAAACCCAGACUGCAGACAGGACUUUCGUGCACGUACACAUAUGCCCAGUCAGACAUGGCUGACUUCGGAGCAUGUGAGUGGCAAUGAGGCCUUCCCACCAGCAAGCCCCACCUGCCUGCCCCCGGUCUGGGCCAGCUUCCCAUCCGACACUUGUCCACGGGCAGGGAUCAGGGCUGAGUCUCUCCCCAUCACCUGUUCUCUGCUUCCGCUCCCAGCCCAGUGCUCCUCUGAGCUCAGCAGGACACCCGUGGGUCUGAAACAAGCCCAAUCCCGAUGAAUGUUUAAAGGGUUUCUGUUUCCAGUGGCUGCAAGGAAACAGGCCUAACUUAUUAAAAGCCAACUGUGAAAAACUUGUAAAUUAUUAAAAAACGACUUUUAAAGAACUCCCAUGGUACGAAUGACCUAGUCUUCAGGGAAAUGUAUAGGGUCCUAGGUCUGCAUUCUUGGAAACUAUUUCCAUUAUUACACUUUGUUUUGUUGUUGUUAAUCCUCACUUGAGGAUUUUUCCAUUGUUUUUUUAAAGAAAGUGGAAGGGAGGGAAGCGGGGAGAGAGAGACAGAGAGAAAGCGAGAGACAGACAUACAUACACACACAUCAAUGUGAGAGAGAAACAUCGAUCGGUUGCCUCCCAUACAUGCCCCUGACCGGUAAAGGAACUCCCAAACUAGGUCUGUGUCCUGACCUGGAAUCGAAACUGCAGCCUUUUGGUGUAUGGGAUGAUGCUCCAAUCAACUGAGCCACCAGGCCAGGGCUCAACAGCAUAAAUAGAUCUUUUUAAAAAGACAGAGCUGGGUUCAAAUCCUGCCCCUAUCACUUGCCCUUAGGCAAGUUGCUUCAGUGCUCUCUCAGCCUAGGUUUCCUCAUCUGAAAACUGGAAUAAAUCAUCACCGUAUAAGAUGUUGUGAGGAUGAAAUGAGAUUGUAAAUAGUUGGACCUAAGACCCAUAGCAAGUACUGAAUAAAUGGUAGUUACGAUUAACUCAGGGUCAGCUUAAGCUCCUGUCACACUCUGUUAUGUGUCAUUUAACGUGCGACUUCUAAGGUAUUUGCAUUUUAACUGUGGUCCUCAUGAUACUUUUGUCGGUUCUCCAACUGUGGUCCCAGGGCCAACAGCAUGAGCAGCAUCUGGGACCUUCUUAGAGGUGCAGUUUCCAGGUUCCACCAUAGACCUACUGAACCGGAAUUUCUGAGAGUGGGGCCCAGCAAGCUCUGUGUUAAGGAGCCUGCCGAGUGACUCUAAGGCACGCUCAGGUUUGAGAACUAAGGUCUAAUUCAAGGAGGCUGCUCUGAUGCUGGAAAUGUGAUGCGGGUUGGAGGGAGAGGCAGACCAUCCAUCGAGGAGACAGGCUUUAACCCGAGGCAGACUGCGGCCCCGUGCCUGCCAUCACUCUGUGCCUCUGUCUUCUUCAGCGCCCUGCUGUUUCAGUGUGUCCUACACAUUCCAGGGAACUCUGGGGGGCGGGGGGGGGGGGGGGGGCGCGUUUCCUCUUCACAAUUCCCUGGGCAAUUGGUUUACGUGUUCUCUACACAAUGUUCUCCCUGAGCCAUUGAAACUGUGGGGCUCCCUGAGCACAGAGCAGGUGGCCUGGAGUCCUGGAGUGGAGAGGAAGGUCCUUCCCUCUGGGUUUGCAGUCUGAGCUCAGAGAAGCUCUUCUCUGGGAGCGUGCAUCUCAGGAAGCAGGACCCAGACCCCCUGGUUAGUUACACUCUGCUAGUCCCUAGUCGGUUUCUUUUCCCUUUGAACGGUUCCUCCUCCCUGUGAAGUAGCAUUUCAGAUCAAAACACUAAUCUAACUCUCAGAGACGGCUGAGGGCUUUUUAAUGUAAGCAGAUGUCUGCCUGUGUCACGCACCGUGUGGCUUCUCCCCUCCCUGUCGCUCUCAGUGAUUUAUAGAGGGAAGAGAAAUGCAGAGUGACCGAGCGAGGCGCAAUGGCAGCGGAGGCUUGACCCAGUGAGUAAUUGGAAUCGACAUGGUGUGGUUCAAAAGCAAAGUGUUUUGUCUUUGUCUUUCAAAGUUCUCCCCUCUUAUGUUUUGCAGGGUUGUCUCAAACGUUAGUGUGACUAGAGAUGGACAAGCUCCAUUAGCCUACACAAUGCAUCUAGCACAGGACUAGCUCUUUAGAAGAACAACUCUGACUCCGGAAGGCGAGGUCAGGAUCCCGGCCGGUGUGGCUCAGUGGUUGAGCGUCAACCUACGAACCAGGAGGUCACGGUUCCAUUCCCUGUCAGGGCACAUGCCCGGGCUGCAGGCUCGAUCCCCAGUAGGGGGCGUACAGAGGUGGCUGAUCAAUGAUUCUCAUCAUUGAUGUUUCUCUCUCUCUCCCUUCCUCUUUGAAAUCAAUAUAUUAAAAAAAGAAAAGAAAAGAAAAGAUGUGCUGCGGAGAGGACCAGGGAGAGAUAAACCCAGCAAGUCCUCCGGAAGGCUGCCAGCGUGAGCCGUGCCCUGGGCAAGCCCUAGACACAUGAAAGGUCUGCUUAGGAGAUUCUUUCUGAGAUUUCACAUCCAGACAUGCCACAGCCGCAGCCCAUCUGUUCCAUCGACACCAGCCCUGGCCAUGUAGCCCUUUAACCAUUCAAGGGCUGGAAAGGUUCACUCCCAGAGAAGGCGACAUCAGGCCACAUACAGAGACUCCGCUCAUCCCUAAGCAAACCACCUGGACUUCGGGACUUCGGGCCGGCAGCACUGCCAGGCCCACCUGUCCUGCGAGCGGCUUGCAGGGCAGGCCAAGCCACAGCGUCGGGCUGUGGGACCUCUGCUGGAGCGCCUGGGAGAGCGGAGUUGUUGGCCAGUUGCUGGAAGGAUCGCAGCCAUGCGUGUGAGUGUGCAAACACUUCGGAUGGAGAGACGGCUGGGGCAGGGCCUCAAACUGUGGCAGACUGACAUACGUGUACCUUUUGGGGGAAGGACCAUCAAUCUUGUUGGCUGUAUCCCCCUCUCACACUGUAACCGUUUUUUCCAUCUCUGGAGAGGAAAGGCAAUGAUUAUAUGUAAUAUAAAGCUGUUGUACCUGGAA